AUGCAUCUGGUGUCUGAUGAGGAUGAGGAAGUGGAAAUGGAAGUUGAAGAAAAUCGAAAUGAUUCACUUCUUUUAAUUGGUGGUAGUUUAUCUAAAGAGGUUGUAAAAUAUCAGAAUUAG